CCCGCGCCUGCGCAGUGCGCGGCCGGCGGGGCCGGGGCAGCGGCGGGAGGGCGGGGAGGGAAGAUGGCGGCGCCGGUCGGAGCCGUCACCGGGGCGACGCAGCGGCCCCGCCGCCCGCAACCUUGAGGGCCCGGCCCGACUCGGCCCGGCCCGGCGGCAGCUGUGACGUGGGAUGCCAUGGCCAGCUCCUCAGACAGUGACGAUGAUGGGUUCAUGGCCGUGGAUCCAGAGGACGCCGUGGUGGAAGGGACGAUGGAGCAGGAGGAUGAGCCCCACGCCGAGCUGGAGGUGGAGGAGCCCAGGCCCAGCUCCAGAUCGAUGCUGGAGCUGCCAGAAGAGGUUUUGGAAUACAUCCUGUCCUUCCUCUCUCCCUACCAGGAGCACAAAACCGCCGCCCUUGUCUGCAAACAGUGGUAUCGACUGAUCAAAGGCGUGGCCCACCAGUGCUACCACGGCUUUAUCAAGGCAGUGCAGGAGGGGAACAUCCAGUGGGAGAGCCGCACGUACCCCUACCCCGGCACCCCCAUCACGCAGCGCUUCUCACACAGUGCGUGUUACUACGAUGCCAACCAGUCCAUGUACGUGUUUGGGGGCUGCACCCAGAGCAGCUGCAACGCCGCCUUCAACGACCUCUGGAGACUUGACCUCAACAGCAAGGAGUGGAUCCGGCCCCUGGCCUCAGGCUCUGUGCUCCUCCAGCUCGUGGCAUUGCUGGCCGUGUUUAACCUCUGGAAGGUUUUUGUUGUCUGGAUCCAAACCACAUUCCACUGGCAUCCAUCCUUGGGUGGCCACCCUGCCAUGCCCGGCAUGGAUCAGUCCCAGGGACACGCAGGUUCCUACCCCUCUCCCAAGGCUGGGGCCACACUGGUGGUCUACAAGGACUUGCUGGUGCUUUUUGGGGGGUGGACCCGGCCGAGCCCUUACCCCCUGCACCAGCCCGAGAGGUUCUUCGAUGAGAUCCACACGUACUCCCCCUCCAAAAACUGGUGGAACUGCAUCAUGACCACCCACGGCCCCCCUCCCAUGGCAGGACAUUCCUCCUGUGUCAUCGAAGACAAAAUGAUCGUUUUUGGGGGCUCCCUUGGGUCCCGACAGAUGAGCAACGACGUCUGGGUGCUGGACCUGGAGCAGUGGGCUUGGUCCAAGCCCAGCAUCUCCGGGCCCAGCCCUCACCCGCGCGGGGGCCAGUCUCAGAUUGUGAUAGACAACGAGACCAUUUUAAUCCUCGGAGGCUGCGGGGGUCCCAAUGCACUGUUCAAAGACGCCUGGUUGCUGCACAUGCACGCCAGCCCCUGGACGUGGCAGCCGCUCAAGGUGGAGAACGAGGACCACGGAGCCCCGGAGCUGUGGUGCCAUCCCGCGUGCAGGGUGGGACAGUGCGUCGUGGUCUUCAGCCAAGCUCCCAGCGGGAGAGCCCCGCUGAGCCCCAGCCUCAACUCGCGCCCGUCUCCCAUCAGCGCCACGCCGCCCGCCCUGGUGCCUGAGACGCGGGAAUUCCGCUCCCAGUCUCCCGUCAGGAACACGGACGAGGCUCCCUGCGUCAAUGGCCGCUGGGGCACCCUGCGGCCCCGCAGGCAGACACCGUCGGGCUCGCGGGAGGGCAGCCUGUCCCCGGCCAGAGGGGACAGUUCCCCGGUGCUCAACGGCGGCACCAUGUCACCUGGAGCGGCGCCGGCCGGCGGGGCCUCCCUGGACAGCCCCGUGCAGGCCCUGUCCCCCAGCACCCCCUCGGCCGCCGAGGGCUUCGACCUCAAGGUGGGGCCGGCCCUGGCGCCGCGCCGGGGCUCACUGCCGGAGCAGAGGGAUCUGCGCCUGGCCUCCGUGGAGCUGGGCUGGGAGCAGAAGCCCACGUCCCUCCUGUGCCAGCUGGACGGCGCGGAGGGCAGGACAGCGGGCACUCGGAACCCUCCGGAGCACACCAACGGCAUCCACACCCCGCCCCACGCCGCCGCCGCCCUGCCCGGGGCCGUGUCCCCCGGCGCGCUCCGCCGCAGCCUCGAGGCCGUCAAAGCCCUCUCCUCCAAAGCCCCCUCGGCCUCGGCCGCGCUGAGCCCUCCCCUGGCGUCGUCCCCGGGGUCCCCGGGUGCCGAGCCGGGCUCGGCACGGGCGGGCGGCGCCCAGGGCGAGGGGCACUCGCUGCCCCCCAUCGCCCGGCGCCUCGGGCACCACCCGCCGCAGUCGCUGAACGUGGGCAAGCCGCUGUACCAGAGCAUGAACUGCAAGCCCAUGCAGAUGUACGUGCUGGACAUUAAGGACACCAAGGAGCAGGGACGAGUCAAGUGGAAAGUGUUCAACAGCAGCUCUGUGGUAGGGCCGCCCGAGACCAGCUUACACACGGUGGUGCAAGGCCGAGGGGAGCUGAUCAUAUUCGGUGGCCUCAUGGACAAGAAACAAAACGUCAAGUAUUACCCCAAAACAAAUGCCUUGUACUUUGUGCGAGCAAAGAGAUAAUGCGGCCCCUGCCCGCCGCCGCCACCCGUCCCCCUGGCCCCGCGGCUCCUCCUCCUUCCCGAGCCCCUUCCCAACACGCAGGCAUUCAAACUGUGAAUUAGGGAGCAGGAAACCAAUAAAAGUCCAAGCAAAUCCUC